AGGUGCUCGCGACGAAACCAACGAAACCCACGAAACAGCUGGCAAGAGCCACGGCGGCAGUUAAUCUUUGCUGCGGCACAUUUGCGUGCGUUAACCGGGAAGCAUGCCGCCGUCGCACGCAGCAUGGCCAUUACGGCCGCAUCUUCUUCGGAGGCCGACGUGUUAAGAUGCGUCGAACGCGGCUGGCCAGCAACGUUUUAAAAGCGAUACCCAAGAAGCCGCCACACACGGGAAACCAUCAUGGCUAUGGGGUUGGGCAAGCUGAUCGGCUGCGUGCUGGUCAUGUGGCUGCUGGUCGUGCUGAUGAUCAGCGGACCCCUGUUCCACAGCGGUGAGCCGGACGAGCAAGUGCUGGCACGGCUCACCCGGGCCGUGGGCGAGCUCGAGUCGCUCAAGCAGCAGAACGAAGAGCUGCGCUCCCUGCUCAACGCCAUCAAAGAGCCGAGCAGGAAGGAGUCCUUAAAGGAGCCAGUUCACCAGCAAGCAGCAGGGUGCGGCGAGCCCAGCUUAGAGUAUGAGGUGCGCCGGCGUAAGGUGGCCAAUGGUGUCCAGGAGCUCUGGUUCUAUGCACGUGCACAGCUCAAGAAGUUGCUGCCCAGCCUAAAACAGGAAGACAAGGCCACCCUGCAGCGCAUUAUCGAUGAUCUGGCCAUGCACCGCCGCACCAUCCAGCUGGACCUGGAGGAGAUGCGUCGGGCAGACGGCCACGACGCGUGGCGGCAGGCUGAGUCGCGCGCCCUGACGGACUUGCUGCGCUCCCGCCUGUCGCAGCUGCAGCACCCGGCUGACUGUGGCCGGGCGCCCAAGCUGGUGUGCAGCCUGAACAAGGGCUGCGGUUAUGGCUGCCAGGUGCACCACGCCACCUACUGCCUCAUCACGGCAUAUGCCACGCGUCGCACGCUAGUGCUCCACUCCAAGGGCUGGCGCUACUCGGCUGCUGGCUGGGAGAGUGUCUUCCUGCCAGUCAGCAAUAGCUGCACGGAGGCCGCGCCAGGCGUUCCCUGGUCGGCCGAUAUAGCCAGCGCACCCGUCGUUGAGCUGCCCAUCAUCGACAAUGUGCAGCCGCGGCCUGCUUUCCUUCCCCUGGCUGUGCCUGAGGAACUUGCAGCGAGACUCACGCGGCUGCACGGGCAACCCGCGCUGUGGUGGGUGUCGCAGGUGUUGGGCUACCUGCUGAGGCCGCAGCCCAGCCUGCAGCGUUUCUUCGACCAAGCGGCACGCGAGAUGCGCUUCCAGGGACCUGUGGUGGGUGUGCACGUGCGCCGCACCGACAAGGUGGGCACCGAAGCUGACUUUCACGGCAUCGAGGAGUACAUGGAAUACGUGGCCGACUACUUCGAGCGGCUCUCUCUCAAAGGAGGAAGCAUGCCCCGCCGCCGCGUCUACCUGGCCACUGAUGACCCCAAGCUGCUGGCGGAGGCACGCAGCAAGUACCCAGACUACCACUUCUAUGGGGAUAGCCGCAUUGCCAACACGGCUUCCUUGGGACAACGUUACAGCUCGGAGUCCUUACGGGGUGUCCUGCUUGACAUCCACAUGCUUUCCCGCUGCGACUACCUGGUCUGCACCUUCUCCUCUCAGGUUUGCCGCUUGGCCUACGAGAUCCUGCAGCUGUCACACGUGGAUGCUGCAGAUCGCUUUCAUUCGCUUGAUGACAUCUACUACUUCGGAGGCCAGAAGCCCCACAACCAGAUCGCCAUAUACAACCACACUGCCCGCUCUUCACAGGAGAUCGACAUCCGUGUGGGUGACACACUGGGCAUUGCAGGAAACCACUGGGAUGGCUUCAGCAAAGGCGUCAAUCGACGCACGGGCCGGUCUGGCCUCUACCCGUCAUUCAAGGCUGAGGAAAAAGUUGACUCUGUGCCCUUUCCUGUGCAGUGACACUGCCUUUUUUACCUGCUUUUAUGCAUAUUUUUCUUCUGUGUGUUGGAGACGGUUUUUAACCCUUGCUGUUGGUGCACUCCCGAUGUGCCACUGGCAAAACAGGGCCACCGACAAGACUCCUGGGAAUGUGGACAGCCCUUCUUACUUCUUUAGGUUCUUGGCAAUUAUUUUGUGCUUGGAAAAUAAUAAAGUAUUCGAUUGAUUGUA